AUGUCGGUAGCCGACAUGGUCAACAAGACAGCGGCAAUCAAACGGUUGUGGAACAGCGUGCAAGGCACAUGGCGUUUGAAACGUACAUUACACAGCGCGAAUGCUGCGGAACCAUCGGGAAAUUGCAUCGGUACCGCGACCUUCACUCCACAAAAGCCAUCAAUCUUCGUAGAUGAGCAGGGUAAGCUUCAAAAUGCAUCAGAGCAGAUGCUAUACUCGGAAAGUGGACAAUUCGAGAUGUUAAAUGCUGUAGGAAGCGCUGGAAAGACGACAGGAUUUACUUUCUCGAAAAAGUAUAUUUGGCGAAUGCAAGAAGAUGAGAUCAGCGUCUGGUUUGUCAAACCUGGCAGUGAGACAGUCGACUACCUCUUUCACAAAUUCUGCGUACAGAGCAUUGAAGAAGAGUCUAACGCUGACAACAACGUGGUACACGUCGAAUGCAGUGGUGGUCAUCUCUGUGUCGAAGAUUAUUACAGCAGCUUCUACAAUUUCCGUCUGGAAGGACAAAGCAAAAUCGAGCAACAUGAUCUAAAGUCGUGGAAAAUGCUACACGAGCUACCGGAACCCUUUGCCUCCAUUCCACGACAUGCUCUGACAUUCGGACCAUCUCCAAUUCAAUAUCUUCCAAGAAUAACCAAGGAGCUUGGUGGUAAUGUUCAAAUAUACGCGAAACGAGACGACGCCAACUCUGGCAUUGCAUAUGGUGGCAACAAGACCCGAAAGCUGGAGUACCUCGUCCCAGAUGCGCUGGAACAAGGUUGUGAUACACUGAUUAGUAUUGGUGGCUACCAAUCUAACCACACUCGGCAGGUUGCUGGUGUUGCCGCUGCCUGUGGACUAAAGUGCCGACUCGUACAGGAGAACUGGGUGCCUGAUCAUAGUAGUGUGGACGAGGGUCUUUACGAAAAGGUUGGCAAUAUUCAGCUAAGCCGUUUGAUGGGUGCAGACGUAAGAAUCGACAAAGACACGACUUUUGGAAUUGGACAUAAAGAUACCUUGGCCAGAGCGCAACAGGAAGUGACCGAAUCAGGCGGAAAGCCGUACUAUAUCCCUGCUGGAGCGUCUGAUCAUCCUCUCGGUGGUCUGGGAUUUGCAAAGUGGGCUUUCGAGGUCAGACAACAGGAACAGGCUCUAGGUAUAUUCUUCGAUAAGAUUAUUGUCUGUGCAGUUACAGGCAGUACUUUCGCUGGAAUGGUCGCAGGCUUUAAACUCAUGGAAGAGCAAGGUCUAAGCCCAAAGCGAAAGGUUAUUGGUAUUGAUGCUUCAGCGAAACCGGCAGAAACCCGAGCACAAGUUUUGCGGAUAGCGAAGUUUACUGGUGCAAAGGUCGGAUUGUCCGAGAAAGAUAUCACAGAUGAUGACAUCAACUUGGACGAGCGCUACCAUGGUGGUAUCUACGGUGUUGGCGACGAACGUACCAACGAAGCGAUUCGAUGGGGUGCAAGGACUGAAGGCUUCAUUACUGAUCCAGUGUACGAAGGGAAAAGCUUGGCCGGUAUGAUGGACAUGGUGAGAAAUGGAGAUAUCGAGAGUGGAAGUAAGGUAUUGUAUGCGCAUCUCGGCGGACAGUUAGCUCUGAAUGCAUAUGAAGAUCUGCAGUGA